AUGGCAGUCGUCCUGACAUCUUUUCAUUAUAUUGCUGCUGUCACUGUGUAUUUCUCUCCAAGGUCGUUAGGUUUGUGGUACUUCACCUAUGGGGUUCUGUUUGGCUGUGGCUCCUCCUUUGUCUUCUUGUCUUCUCUGGUGACCCUGGGACACUACUUCCCUCAGCGCCUCGGCCUGGUCAACGGGGUGGUGAUGGCAGGCAGCAGUGUUUUCUCCAUAAGCCUGCCUGCCCUGCUGGAGGAGGUGGGGACACCGCUGGGCCUCAGCACCACCUUUCAGAUCCUCAGUGCCCUCAUGCUAAUCCAGGCAGCCCUGGCAUUCUCCUUCUGCUCACGCCUUUACCACAGGAAUUUGUCCACUAACACGGCCCAGCUUUCAUCUGCCAACCUGAGCAGUGGCUGGCAGCAGGGCCUGACACAGACCAGGAGGUACUGCAACCUGGGAGUGUUUCACCUCCCUAAUUACAGGGUGUGGGCUUUUGGAGUGGCUACGGCUAUGCUGGGCAACUUUGUGCCCUACAUUUACCUGAUGAGUUUUGUGGAGGAGCAGUUUGUGGAGACGCCAGUGAAGGAGUGGGUCCUCCUGGUGUGUAUCGGGGUGACCUCCUGUGUAGGACGCCUGCUGUUUGGCAGGGUGGGAAACCUGCUCCAUGGGGCACGCAAGAUCUACCUUCAGAGAGCCUCCCAGGCCAUCGGCUACCUGAUGGGCCUAAUGGCCCUCCCCAUGACCGCCGGACCCCCCCUCGCAGGUCUCACCUCCUUUCGGACAUGUGGGCCUGGCUCCCCAGUGUCGGCUUUCCAAGUGAAUGGGCCUCUGCACUCCCGGCUCACCCAUGGCUGCAUCCCUGCCCAGUCAUGGCUACUCCAUGACCACUUUGGAGAUUACCACAUGGCCUUCUACCUGGCUGGGGUUCCUCCCAUGGUCAGAGCUCCCCCAACAAGCCCUGACCUCCAGCUAUCCCCCGUGGCUCGGACCACCAGUCCCCUCCCAUCCCUGGUCACCAGCUGCCCCCAACCAGCCCUGACCUCCAGCUAUCCCCCUGGCUCGGACCACCAGUCCCCUCCCAUCCCUGGUCACCAGCUCCCCCCAACCAGCCCUGACCUCCAGUUAUCCCCCGUGGCUCGGACCACCAGUCCCCUCCCAUCCCUGUCCCCUCCCAUCCCUGGUCACCAGCUGCCCCCAGACCCAGCCCUGACCUCCAGCUAUCCCCCGUGGCUCGGACCACCAGUCCCCUCCAGUCCCCUCCCAUCCCUGGUCACCAGCUGCCCCCAACCAGCCCUGACCUCCAGCUAUCCCCCUGGCUCGGACCACCAGUCCCCUCCCAUCCCUGGUCACCAGCUGCCCCCAACCAGCCCUGACCUCCAGCUAUCCCCCCGUGGCUCGGACCACCAGUCCCCUCCCAUCCCUGGUCACCAGCUGCCCCCAACCAGCCCUGACCUCCAGCUAUCCCCCGUGGCUCACACCAGUCCCCUCCCAUCCCUGGUCAGCCCUGACCUCCCAUCCCUGGUCACCAGCUGGUCCCCUGCCCCCAACCAGCCCUGA